UUGCAGGACAUUUAGUGAGUAGCGCAUGGUGGCAUUGCAUUAUUGCAUGAGGCUUUUUUCCACUGCCACGCUGGGCUCAAGUAUCACUCCAAUCAUGAAAGUGGGCCGUUUGAAGAACCAAUUGGAGAACGGGAGGCCAGAGCAUGAUAAAGGAUCAGGUUCAAUUGCAUCCAGAGCCCACAAUAUGCUCGGCCGACCACCUUGAGGAGCUGGUGCUUUGGGCAACCAGAGCGAAAGAUGCUGAUGGUUUAGACCAUGGCUACUGGCAAACUUGGGGACCACCUUGCGAUGUACAAGAGUUGGUGAACUGGGAAUGCUUAAAAAGCUUCUCCACAUGGGUCGCUAAACAACUGAGGACUCAUCGAGAUGCAACUUCGCAAGUCGGGGCAACGCUUCAGAAACUGCAGAAAAGCCUCUUCGAUGAAGAGAUGGGAAAGGUCGACUUUGCAUCGGCCAUAGCCUUGCUCAAUGAGCUGCCACAGCGCCUUGAAGCUGUGGAGGAGAACACCCGGACCUUGGUGGCCCGUGUGAACAAGCUCAAUAGCGAUCCACUGAAAAGAGUUUCAACAAGAGGAUCUAUAGCACCGGUCAGCGGGCCGCGAGAAUUUGAAAUCCACGACAAGCCUGGCGAUCAGGCUGUGAAAGAGUGUAGGGAAGCGGUGAACCUCAUGUUGGAAAUGCAAAGGAACUUCAAAGAGCAGCAAGAAGAAGCAUUUGUCAAAAGGCUGGCCAGCUUUGAUGUGGCUUUCCAAGAAGCUGGCCUUGCCAAUGCGGAAGAGAUUGCCUACCGCUUCCAUGCGCAAGUGCGAGAAUUGGAGGGGAUCUAUGCUCGAGCUGCUGGUCUUGAAGAGGGUCUGCAGAAUGUGGAGGAACACUUGGCUAAAUCUCUCCAAGGAAUUGAUGAUUGGAAGGCUGCUUUCUCCGUGCGCCUUGAUGAUCUUGAAGGACGAAUUGACCAGGCAGAGGAUCAAUUCAAGACUCAAACUGGCGACAUGGAGGCUCUCGCGCAACAGCUGAACAAGCUGGCAGAGGAGAACCAAGGUGACAGAGUCACUUUGACCCGCUCGCGCGGCAGCCACUCAAAGGAAGAAAAAGACAAGAAGAUGAGUGAUCUAGUGAUCGAAAGCAUCCAAGAGGACAUGGCAAAAUCUCAGAAUGCUGCCCAGAAAGCCAUCUCAAUGGCAGAGGAAUUGGAAAAAGUGGUUGGAAAGAUGCAGCAGGAAAUGUACACACAGUCAUCAUCUCCCAACGCAUGGCCUCUCCGAAAUGCGCGUCCAGGCCGUUUGCCGAAUUUACCUCCGUCCUCGCUGGCACAGGAGGAGGAGAAAGAUGCACCAAGGUAUCUAAUCACAGAUGACCAAGCAUGGGAGUAUUUGGAGCUCCCCAAGCACAAGGCGAAAGAGGCGAAAGAGCGGUUCCUCCCUCCAAGCGGUGGCUGCUUCCGUCAUCGUGCGCGUUCCAGAAACAAGCGGCCAUCAACAGCUCAGAGCUGGCAAGUGCAAGUCAGAGGAGGCCACCCUUUGCGGCUUACACUUCAAAGCAUUUGGUGGCUAUCUUCUAAGCACUUGGAGAGUCUAAACGAAGUUCUCUGAUGUUCUCUGUAACUGGUCUGAAUUCACCGGUAGAAUUGGAUUCGGGACACGGACUUCACAAGCUUGCCUCCUCGUCUCUGUUCUAUGGUGCUUUUGUCUUGGCACUUGAGAGAGAAUUGUGUAGAGUUUGUCGUGAAUGUAUAUUUUCCCUACUGUAAUUGCUGAGUUCCUGCUUUCCAUUGUCACUAUGUCUUCCUCCAUUAGUGUCCCGCCCCUUUUCUGAUGUGCAAGUAGAAGGAGGUGUAAUUAAGUAAGUGAGUGGGCUUGUCAUUUUGAUCGACUUUUUGAUAAACUUUCGCAUUGGAUCCUUGUCCUGCACGCUACACCUGCAGAAGCCGCCCGGAGCCGACCUGCCACCGCACAUGCUGCGAAUGCGCACUGACUUUUCGAUGAACCGGCGACGUCGUUGUCGCACCAUUCUGCAAAGCUCGGAAUGUUCAAAAGGGUGCGAUUGACAACCUGUGGCGGCUGACCCUUCUGGAGCACAGGAACACAAGGGGUAUUUUUCUGAUUGAAGUCCUGUGAUUCUCGG